AUGGAAGAAGUGGAGAGUCUCGUCGAGCGGGCGCGUCAUCUCUCGCUGCACCCAUCAGAGUCAAAGCCUAUCGAUAAGUUUCAUGUCGGGAUUGAUACUCAUCUACUGCGCAUCUACGAGUCUAUUGUGGCGUCCGAGACGACCAAGAAUGAAUUCCGCCAGAAUGUCCAGGCCGAGACCGUCCCUGAUACGAAUUUGUCAAUUUCCGACCCUCUCGCCUCGAUCGAUGCUUUUCGUUCGUAUAUGAAGGAUGAGGAUUCAAGGGCCCAGGCUCCUGCUGAGGUGCUGGAUUGCUCGGCUCCCCUCUCGGACUACUUUGUUUCCUCCAGCCAUAAUACCUAUCUGACGGGUAAUCAGUUGUACAGUGAUGCGGCUGCAAGUGCGUAUACAUCGGUCCUUCUACGUGGGUGUCGCUCGGUUGAGAUUGAUGUUUGGGACGGCGAGCCGCUUUCACCUGACACGAGUGAGAAUGAAGAGACAAGCAGCGAGAGUAGCAGCGAAUCCGAAGACGAGACCAAGAAAGCAAAGGUGGCAAACCAGGGAGUAAAGAGUCGGCUUAAGCAGAAGAUUAUGGCAAAAGCCGAGUCUGAAGAAAAGCUCGUUUCAAAGUUGCCCAAAUCUAUCAGCGCGAAGCUGGGGCUCAAAAGCAAAGCCUCAGAUGCCAGUGCCCCUGUUGCAUCAUCGUCUACCACAGCAGAGACCCCGAAUAUAUCCACCAGUGCGGGCGCAGAUGCUGGAAAAGAAGAACCCAAGUCGGUUUCAGAGCCGCCUUCGACCCAAGGAGCCAUCAAGGGAGAGCCGCGAGUCUUGCACGGACACACUUUGACCAAAGGAGCUUCUUUCCGUGAGAUUGCCUAUGCGAUUAGGGAUAGCGCUUUUAAGACGAGUGAUCUGCCAGUAAUCAUCAGCUUUGAGGUUCAUGCCAAUCUAGAACAACAGCAGCUUAUGGUUGAUAUUAUCCACGAGGCGUGGAAGGGAUUGUUGGUAGAGGUCCCGGCUGACACACCGACAGAAAAACUGCCAACUUUGGCACAGUUGAAGGGAAAGAUCCUAAUCAAGACCAAGUCGUUGCCGCUGAAGGGGACAAAAGAGAUCGACGAAGAGACGAAGGGGGAGGAGAGUGAAACCGAAGAACUUGAGGAUAAGUCCGCAUCGCAGAAUCCGAAGCCUGUGAAACCUGUUAAGAUCCUAGAGGCUUUGGCAAAGCUGGCUAUCUAUACAAGAGCAUAUCACUUCAGCCACUUUGAUCAGCCUGAGGCCAAGGACCCAGUCCAUAUCUUCUCGCUGUCUGAAAAGGGAGCGCGAGAUGCCCACCUGAACCAUCGCGACGCCCUAUUUGAACACAACCGGUUGUCCAUGAUGCGCAUUUACCCCUUCGCGUUCCGAGUCAACUCUUCCAACCUAGACCCAUCUUUCUACUGGCGCCGAGGCGCACAGUUAGUUGCAUUGAACUGGCAGAACCUGGACAAAGGCAUGAUGCUCAACCACGGGAUGUUCGCCGGCACGCAAGGAUGGGUCAUCAAGCCGACAGGAUACAAGAGCUCGGAGUCACACGCCAAUAGUAUCAGUCGUGAGACGCUCGAGCUCACGAUCGAAGUCUUCGCCGCUCAGGACUUAUCACUCCCGCCCAGCGACCAUAGCGAGAAAUGGUUCCGCCCGUACGUAAAUUGCCAGUUGCAUGUCGAGGAACCCGACAGUCCGGUUGCUGUUGGACAAGACGAUGUGAGCUCAGAUUCCGAGAAGAGCAGUUAUCGUCGCUGUACAAAGAGUAAGUCGGGCAUCAACCCGGAUUUCGAGGGGCAGAAAUUGGAGUUUCCGGCUGUGAGCGGGGUGGUUGAGAAGCUAAGUUUCCUCCGGUUCAAAAUCAAGGAUGACGAGAUCGGUCGUGACUCGCUGGCCGCGUGGGCUUGCAUUCGGCUUGACCGACUUCGAGAAGGCUACCGGCUCGUCCAUCUUCUCGACAGCACCGGAGAAAAGGCAGGGGGCAUAUUAUUGGUUCGCAUCACGAAGAAGACGUCCUGA